AUGAAUCAUGCCUCCGUAGCCAAGGCUUCCGACUUGUCUCCUUACAAAGGCGAGACGAAUCUUCCAGUGGUCCAGCUAUCGCUUCCAACUAAUUCUACUCAGACCUCAUCCUCUUUUACAAAGUCUAUAAAAACUCCACGACCCCAAAACAUUCUUUCAUCUGUACCCACCUCAAGGAAUUCAGAUAUAAGUAAGGCUUCUGGUAGCCUAGGGCACUUACCCUGCUUCUCAGAACUUACAGCUCAGGACUAUCAGGGACUUGAAGACUUGUUUACCGAGGUUGACAAUAGUCGCAAACUAGAUGCUUCUGAGCUUAUUUUUCAAUGGAAGGAAAUCAAUCUCCAGGUCAAUGAUCCAGAUUAUAAUUUGCUUCUCUUUUACCUUUUUCAAUCUUGUGCUGUCAUCCAUCCAAACCUUGUUCGGCACAGAGAUAUGGCAUAUUUUUCUAGCAAAGGCCAGGAGGAAAAGCUGCAUCUUUUGAUAGAGCAACCUACAGGCCCCUCUCUCAGCCAGCUGCAACUCUAUUACACUAUAUAUCCGGAGCGCUUUUCAACAGAAGUUUUCUGGGAUUGCUCGGCGCAGCUCAUUCUUGCGGUAGAUGUUCUUAAUAAGUACAAAGAUGGCACAUUUUCCUCUUGCAUGUGGUGUUCUCCGAGACUAACUGCCGAGUCGAUUUAUUUUAAUAGUGAUGGAUGCAUCAAGUUGCCUCAAUACUAUCCAUUGCAGGACUCUAGUAUAAAGAUCGACUCUGUAAAGCGUUUGAACGAGACCACAUCAGAGACAGUCGUCUCGCUGAUCACUAAAUUUGCUGAUGUCAUUACACAUGUGUCCGGUAUAGAUAAGAACAUAGUUCAGGUUAAAAAGAACGAAAUCAAGUGUCUAAAGAGUUUUGUCAGAAAGCUUGCAGCCUAUAGGGCAAAGCCAUGUAUAAAUAUUCAUAGCCUCAAGUGCAGGCAUCUCUCAGAGGCUGCGGCUUUGCGUCAACAGGGCCGCCAACCCACCUAUCCGUUUCCUCUUAAGACGAGCACAAGCUGCCACAGCUCUGUCACUGAUAAGCACACUCACAGUUACGGCUCAUGCGAGGUGCCAUUGCCAAGCGCUCCGUCCGAUGAGCUUCUUACAUUCUCCCAGGACUCGCCGGACCCGUCGCUCCAGUCAAUAUCUAAAAUGAGCGAAUCCCCUGUGGAUAACCAGACAUUCAAUGAGGAUACGACAGCUAGGGAUGUCCUUUCAGCCAGGACUUUUUCUCUGUUCAAAGAGCAACACUCUACUUCAGCAUUGACGCCCGUUCCAUAUGGAAUGGAAGCAUCGAAUACCCUAGACACAGUGGUCGACGUCCCGAUGCCUACCCGUCUCCUUUAUGAGGGCAUUUGUCGAGGUUUAUCAGCAGUGAAAGCAGCUGCAAGUGAGCUGUCUAAGACUUCUGGCGCAAAUAAGAAGAGCAAGAAUGAUGCUUUCAAAGACGGAGACUCCAAGCACCUGCUUGCAGACUGUGAGCUGGUGUUCUUUAACGAUUUUGCUCACAAGGCUACCGAGGAGUCACCUAUUGUCUCGCAUGGGCAUACAUUGCCGAAGACAAGAUCUGCCAUAUCAAACAUGAUAUCUAGAAAGAAACGGCUUCGGACUCUAUUGAGUUACAAGUGUAUGGAAGAGAUCAACUUAUACUAUGGAGGCAAUGAUCUACAAGUUCCUGGAGUUACUAAGGAGGAGGUUUGUCCAUCCACGCCUUACCUGGAUGCGAUCACUAAUGCCAAUAAUUACGACGACAUAGAUAAGUGCAUCAAUACCGACAAGGUGUUCACGUUGCUCCUUUCCCUCGAUGCACUUAAUCAGCUGACUGAGGUUGAGCCGCGCGUUAUCUCCUUCCUCAAGCGCGACGCAAUAAUAACUAAGUUGGUUAAUUGCUACUUUCUCGGUGAAAUUGCCGACGAGUCUCCACCAUUCACCCAUAGGCAGCGCAGAGACAUAUACCUUCUCUUUUCAAAAGUGUUUACACAUAUUUCUAAUAAUGCUGAUCUUCUAGAGGCUAUACUAAAGCAUCAAUUCUUCAAGAAGACCUUGUUUGAAAUGAUACUAAGCGCCGAUUACUGGUUAAAGUUUACGACAGUAAAAGGAAAAGAGGGUUUGUCGCUAAAGGACGCACUAAUAAACAAAGUGAGAAAGGAAGCCCUGGAAAGGUUUCUCCAAGAGAUCUUUUCACGGGCCGAUGCCAUACACUUUGUACGCACAGCACUUUGUGGGAGAUACAAUGAGAUUAUGAAUGCGCUAAUGCAGCUUCAGUUUGCGUCUCCAUGCAUAAGGUCUAGCAUCUGCAUGAGACUGUUCGAUUCUUCCCUUAUUAAGCUAGCGUUUAAUACUCUUCUUGGAUUCAUUCAGGACAUCCUCACCACCAACGAUAGGAGACCUAUUGGGAAGAUCAUAUGCAUAUCUAACCACCUGAUAACAUUCCCCUACACGGACCCAACCAAAUUUAAGCCCUUGACAGAGAAGAUAUACAGACUUAAGGCCUAUUUUGUGGAUCUACUAUUUGCGAAUGACAGCGAAUUGGUAGCUCUUUCUGCAUACAUUCUAGAGCUUAUAGCAUCUUACUAUUCAAUCAGCAUGUGCAUGUCUGUGCAAGCCCAUGUAAUGAUGAGCACAGAUAUGGUGACUAGCGCAGUUAGUGAGGUCAUAAGCUCUAUGGCAGAGUUUGCAAAUACUAUAGCUAGCAUGUAUAUAGCGAAGAAUCCGGAAGAGCUUUCAGCUAAUCCCUUGCGCGUACAACUCAUUCUAAUGCUAAUUCUCCGCCUUGUGCUCUCCACGGGGGACGCGGCACGAACAGCAUUUGCAUGUGUUAAGGCGUCUACGUAUGUGUCUAGUCAGGACUCUUACUCUCAGCAGUCCCUUCAGUUCCAGUCUCUGGACUGCAAUGAACUGCAGAGAAGCGUCAUGGGUACUUCUGUAUACACAGGCCUCGAGCUCCCUACCGAGUGGUCGGAAGAAAGCUAUGUCUCUCUCCGCAACAAGGUUAAAGGGAUUUUAAAGGAAGCUGGAGACAUCAUCAGUACCCCGGUGGCGAACUUCAUGGAGUGCGUCAUGGACAACGAAAAGUUCCGUGACGCCACCACUAUACACUUUCUGAUAACAAGAUUUUGGAUUGCAGUAGCUGACACCUCGCACUACUUUGGAGUUAAGCCUGAGACGACCAUGUCGUCUGUUCGUAGAAGAAUGCAGCUCUGCAUGGAUAAGCUUAAUACAUCUGCCAGAAAGCAUUCCGAUUUUACCUUUCUGAAGGUGAUUCCACAAAAGGUUAUAAUGAUGGCGAUGUCUUCUGAGCCCAGCUUAACCAAUAGAUGGUCGUCUUCAUAUUAUUCUUCAAAUAGUGUGGUGCUAUUUUCGCUUGAUGCCAGUCACUGGGCAUGGACUGAAAAAAAUAAUGAGAAGAUAGAGUCCGCUGCGCAGCUGUUUGGGCUCUCCGCCAAAGAGACCCUGGACUUCUUGAGGGCCAACCUGAUCAAUGGAAGAUAA